AUGUUGUCAUCUGUGCACAGACAGGAUAACGAUAUUCCAUCAGAGUUGCAUGUUCAACAAAAGUUGUCUUCUCCUGAUGUUGCUGAGGGAACAAGACAUGCACUACCUAUUACACCUGGAGAAGCAGCAAAACUCUGUUCAUUGAUUCAGUCCUGUGAAGAUUUGUUUAGAAUCAGAAAAGUCAACCAACAUGGAAAAUAUUUUACUGGUCUAAGUGAAGAAGCAGACCAAUUUUCAGCAUGCAUGGAGGAGGAACCCUUGAAGCAGAAUUGGAGUUCAUUUACCAAAGUUAUGGAUAAACAUCAGACCAAGCUGAAAGAACUGUCACCACAGCUCAAAAGCAGAUCACAGGAAAACUUCCUAGAACAAAACCUGAGUGAAAGUGAAAUGAGAUGGUUGAAAGAAGAUGAAAUUGCCACAUUACAGGAAAAGAUUUUUGAAGCAGAGAUGGCAAUCAGUUCAACAGAAAUGUUUUUGCCUUCAUUUAAAGUCACUAUUGCUGGAAUGACAAAUGUGUGUAACCUUUCUACAUCAGAUAUGAUUAAGAUUUCUAAACAAGAGGAUUUACUGAUAAAGGAACUAGAGACUCUCAAACACAUAAAAGGAUUAUUACUACACCUACUUAGAACAACAGAGCAUAAAGAAAUAAGCAGUAAACAAAUUGACAUUUUGAUGCAGAAGUUAACUGAAAGUGAAACUGAAAAUGAUGGUCUCAGAAAAGAAACACUUGAAACAGAGAAGCAUAUUGUAGAGCUUUCUUCUCAGCUUCAACAGGAAAAAGCAAAUGCACUAAAAGCAGAUCACCUAUCAAAGUCAGUAGAAGCUGUACAAGCCCACCUGCAAUGCCAGAUUCAAAAAAAGGAGGCUGAGAAUGAUCAGUUGAAAGCAAAAAUACAGACUCUGGAAAAGAAAAUAACUGAGUGGAAGCUUCAAAUUGGAAAACACAAGCACCAAAUUUUAGCUGUAAAGGAAACAAAUGAGCAAAAGAAGAAAGCUCUGAAAAAAGCAACCAGAGCCCAGAAACAAAGAGCUGAAUGUUUUGAAGCAUCUGUUGAAAAACUAACUUCCAAAAUUAGAAAGAGGGAAGUCAAAUUGUCUGAAGUACUUUCAGCUUCCAGUGUCUGGAAAAAUCAUCAUGAGAAGGCUGUAGAAGAAAAGACUCGGUUAGAGGUUCAAUUUGAAAGUCUGAAGAAACAGAUCACAAACCUUUUGGAGGACAUGAAAAAAAUACAAGAUCGUGGAAGAAAUUCAAAUGAAGAAAUCCAUGGAAAGCUUAAUUCUAUCAAUUCAGAAAGUGCAAAUAUUCGUCUUGAAAAUGCAAAAUUAAAGGCUUUACUUGCUGCUUUGGAAGACAACACUGUUUCGGCUGAAGCUGAACUUUUAAACCUGCAAGAAAAAGUAAAGCAGCAGGAAAACCUUGCUGAACAGUAUAAAACUCAGGUACAAAAAUUACAAACAGAAGCAGAAGAACUGAAAGCCAGAUACAAAAAAGUGUUAAAUGAAAACAAAAUAAUAACAGAAGCCAAAGAUUUAGAGAUAAGUGAGGUGAGGAGCCAGAUACAGGCUCAAUUGAAGGAGUUAGAACAUGUUCGUGACUUACUGAAAGUAGCUGAAGAGAGGCUUCAGAAGUAUCAGGAAAAUCUGUUGUCCUACAAAAGGAGUUAUGCAGACAAAUCCAAAACCAUUAGGGAGCUACAGGUUCAGAUGGAUGACAACAACAGGUUCUUGAGAAACCAUUCUUUGGAAGAGGAAAACUAUAACAUUCAGAAGAAAUAUGAAUAUCUUAAAAGACAGUUAGAAAAGAUGGAAGUACAAAAUGAAGAACUUGCACAUCAGCUGGCAAACCAAGAGGAGAGUCUUCAGCACAGUGAAUUGCAGCUUAAAGAGAAAUUAGCAGAAUAUGAUGCUUUAGCCAGACAGUUGGAGUCUGCUUUGGAAGAAGGCAGAAAAAAGGAGUCUGAAGAGGUGGAAAAAAUGUCAUCCAAGGAGAGAGCUCUUCAGACAAAAAUAUUGACUCUGGAAACCGAAUUGAGAGAGAGACGAGAGGAGCAAAAGCGACUUGUCUGCAAAUUAAACAAUAGAGAGAAACAUCAGGAAGUAUGUUUGAAAGAAUUAGAGCACAAUCUACAAAAAUCAGAAAACCAGAACCACAGCAUCCACAAUUAUGUACAGUUCUUGAAAAACUCAUAUGUAACAAUGUUUGGCUGA